GAUGGAACUUCUUCGAUGAAGAAACCAAGCUCUAUCUUAAAAGUUGUUCCUGUGAAGUUUCAAGGAUUAUAUUGUGUGGGCAUCUGGGUCGUAUAUAAGUUUUUCCGCCAAUCAUCACUGCACACGUCAGCUACUUGAGUCAACAGCGAGCGUUUCCAACACUAAAAAAAAAAAACACAGCAAGUAGCCGUUGCAGUCCACUAGAUCCAGACGACCGUUACAAGCCUUCCACUUCAAACUCUCCCUCCGCUUCAUUUUCGUCUUUAGAUCGCUUCUCCUCUGCUACCACAGAUCGAGCUUGAAAUCCCCAAUCCCACCACGAUGGUGGCCAAGACUCCGAUCAAGUACCGAGGAUUCGUCGCCGCGACCUCCGGCGCCGGCCUCGACUCCGAUCUCGUCCGCCAAACCCUAAACAAGGUGGACAGGUGCGUGGCUCGACUGCAGGAGCUCCAGUACACGGUGGUGGGUGGCGCCAAGGUGGUCGCCGGCGUCACCCUGAGCCCACGCAGCACCCGGGGCUACCUCCGCACCAGCGUCCGGUGCAAGCAGGAAUCCCUGAGGACGUGGAGUAAUACCUCGUCCCGGCGAUCUCCCGCCGGCAAGUUCCAAGGCGGCACGAACGGGGAGUGGCGGCGGAUGUCUCUGCCGGCGAUGCUGCUGAACGAGACCGUGGCGGAGAUUCUCCAGGCAAGCCGUGUUGCAAAGAAAUCAUCUUCUAAAACCACCGCUAAUGUGUCCCUCUCUGACCCCGCCACCGCCGAUCCCAAAACCCCCGUGGCAAUUCGGAGUAGAACCGCCAACAAGCCCGCGGCGAUCCCGAGCGAGAACGUCGCGCUCUAUGCGCGGCGGUCGAAGGAGAAGCAGCCAGGGAGAUUCCAGGUGAUCCGUUCCGAGUCAUCACCGGCUACAGCCGCUAGGGCGCGAUCUCGCAUCCGGUUCAAGUCCACUUCUCCCCUCGCCGCCGCCACGAGAAGAGAAGAGGAGGCGGAGGAGGGUGUUAAGCCCGGCAAGCUUUCGGUGGCGGCCCAUCGUGUGUCGCCGCGAAACCGGCCGUGGGCCAAGAAGACGGUGCUAUUCCCGAAUGUACUGUUCAACUCUUCCUCUUCCUCACCGCCGCCCGCGUCGGCUUGCCGCGGGCAAAGGUUCUACAAGACCAAAUCACCCAUCAUCGGCCGGUCGCGUCCGCCUCAGACACCGCCGCCACACAAGUUCCUGAUCAAGUCGCCGACGGCAUCGCUGGGGUCUCAGCUGGCGACCAGGAAGCCGGGCGUCGCGGUGGUGCGGGUGCUCAAGGCGUCGCCGGAGAAGGUGGUGGUUCUCAAGACCCGGCGGCGCUCCUUCUCUCCUUCCAAGUUCGUUAACCGGAUGGUGUCGCCUCUCAGGACGCGGAUCGCGCUUCCAAAAACCGGCAUUGGGCUGAAGCAGCGGCCAGAGCUCGGCACGCCAGCGAGAAUCCCCGCCAUGAAAAGGACAUAAAAUCAGAAAUAUGGGGUAAAUAAAAAAAAAUUAAAAUUCUAUUGGCAAAAAAUCAACUUGUGGAUUUGUAAAAUUAAGAACGAAAUUGUUCUUAUGAGGUUAUGAGAGCUGUAAGGGCAAAUCAUAUAGCAUGAUUUCAGUGUAAAGAUGGUUGAUGUUAUACAAAUAAUUGUAUUCAUUUA